AUGGCCCUGGAAGUGGCUAGUGAAAUAAUGGCACUAGUCAGGCUGGCCUGUGUAGGCAUCAGCCUCAACCAGGUGGUCAUUGUGGCCUCCAGCGUGGUGGUGCUGCUGCUGCCCUGCUGCCUGGUCACUCUGUCCUAUGUGCACAUUGUAGCCUCCAUCGUGAAGAUCCACUCGACCCAGGGACGCUGCAAAGCCUUUGAGACCUGCGCCUCUCACCUCACUGUGGUCUCCAUGUCUUAUGGGAUGGCCCUCUUCAUCUACCUGCAGCCCUGCUCCAGGGCCUCCACUGAGCAGGACAAGGUGGUGGUGCUCUUCUAUAUUGUGCUGAACCCACUCAUCUACAGUCUGCGGAACAAGGACGUGAAGGCAGCUGUGAGGCGGGUUUUGAUGCGCAGCUCGGAAUCAAAAUGUUAG